UUUUUCUUUUGUGAUUUUUGACAUUACGUGCGUUGGCCAAAUGGUCAAAAUUGAAAAUAUGCUAUGAGCAGCGUAAAUCUUAAAACAAAAGAGUUCAAUAACUCAGUGUUAAAUAAAUAACUUAAGGUUCAAAUAUUAAUCAUUUUAUUUGUUAAUUGGAGCAAAAAAUGUUUUUCAAACACAAAUUAAUUGUUCAUUUAUCUGUGAUAUUUGUGUUUUUAACAUUCGUGGAUAUUUCAAAUGGUCUUCUGAGGCGGUGUUAUCAAUGCAGAUCAAGAGGAGAGCUAGGAAGUUGCAAGGAUCCAUAUACUUUUAAUGCUACUGAUGCUGAAAAUGAACCUGGCAUUUCAGUGAUACCUUGUACGUCUGGUUGGUGCGGAAAAGUAAUUGAAGGUGGAGGAGCCUAUGCAGUUGAUGAUUAUGAUAAAGCACAUCAAAGAAUGUGUGUUCAACGUGGUCCUGAUGAUAGUGAAGAUCGAUGUGCCUAUACAGUUUAUAAUUAUAAAAAAGUCUAUAUGUGCUUCUGUCAAGGUGAUCUUUGUAAUUCAUCCAAUAAACUCACAUCCACAACCACCACAACUCUAAGUCUAGCGUUAUCAACAUUUAUUGGCUGCUAUUUGAAAAGAAUACUAUUUUCUUCUUCUUAGUUUUUUUUUAUUAAUUUGUUUUAUUUUUAAACUAUAUAUACAAGUAUAAGUAACUUAAUUUUUGUAAAUGCAUACAAAUAUUUUAUCAUAAUUUUGUUUUUUUUUUUCUAAAAGAACAAGAAACGAAAAGAAAAACUUUAAAUAAAAAAGAAAGAAAAAAAGAAACAAUUUUUAGUUUUUAAUAAUAAAAAAAAUCAAAGCACAA